AUGUAAUUAUUUCAUUUAUCCAUAAAUUAAUGUUUCAGAAUAUUCAAUCAAGUUUUAGAUAAUUGGAACCAUUACAUUGAAUAGGAUCUGAGAAGAAGUUUAUUCUAUAAGAUCAAACCUUAAAGCAGUAGGAUAAAAAUUCAACUUUGCUAAGAUUAAAUGUAGAUGAAAAAAGAAGUGGCGAAAGAAAUUGCGUUGAGAAAUCUGUCUUUCAUUUUGUUCAAUUAAAGCCAAAAUAGGGGAAUAGCAACAAAUAGUCAUAGAUUUAAUACAAAGAAAAUUAGGAGAAGAAUCUUGGUAAAUUAUAUUUACUGUUUAAUUUACUAAAACAUGAAAUGA